CUUGUAUUGACCCCUGACCGUCCAUUCCAUGCCCACCAUUACCAAUACCAUCCUUCUUCUUCUUCUUCUUCUUCUUUGCCCAGAAUGUCUAUUUUCUUCUCCUUCUCUCUUGCCGUCGAUGACUCAGACGUUCAGGAUAUCUGACGAUUCAAGUUGAAGAGAGAAAUGGGGGGCUCUGUGGGAGUUGGAUUCAUUGCAGUCUUUGCGGUCUCGGGAAGCGUAGUUCUACUUGUUCAUCAAGCCCAUAAGCGUCUCCUCUCCGAUUUCAUGAAAAAAGUUGAAUCUGAAUUGGGUAGUACUGUCGUUCACUCCUGUGGGAAAAAGAAAACAGUUGAAUCUGAAAUGGGUUCCAUUUUCUACGCCCACGCCAAAAAUAAAUUUAACGGUGGAUCUGGGAAAUGUCAAUCCAAAAAGAAGGUCCGAUUUGCAGAUGAUGUCAAAGAGCCAUCGUCAAAUAACAAAGAAUACCGCCGGAGACAGGUGCUGAAGCUAGCAUACCAUGCCGGCCAACAGGCAAGCUAGCUUGCUCUCUAUAUAAAAGGCUAGGGAUUAUUCAAAAUAAGACACCUGAAGAGCAAAAUGUAUUUUUACAUGUUUUUCUUGUUGUUGUGUUUAAUCCGACAUCUAGUGGUUUUUGUUUGUUUUUCUUGUUGUAAUUAGGGCUAGGGGGUGCUGUAAGCAUGGGAUUCCAUGAACGCAGUUCUAUCUUUAGAUGUACAAAGGUGGUUGUGUUUGUUUAUAUUUUGGCAAUGAAAACGCAGAGUAGGAGUUGUAGAGGUUUGACGAUUGAUAUAUGGGAAUGGAAUGGGUUGUUCAUUA